AUGUCAAGUAUAUCAAAGGAGGCCAAGCCAAGGUUCCCCAAGUGUCUCUGGGACUUGUCUUUUGUCAACAGAGGAGUCUCAGGCAUCGUGUUUGCAGUGGACGAGCUAUCGGUGAUAAAGACGCCAACCGGUGGAGAAGAGAACGCUGAGGAGUUGAGAGUAGAAAGAAAGAUUCUUGAACGACUUGGAGAUCACCCUCGGAUUGUAAAGCUCCUGUAUACCUACAAGGAUCUAAUUGUCCUGGAACGACUGAGAUAUCCACUACGAUUUAGGAUAUGGGAGCUCCGGGAGGACGGACGGACAGCCAGCCAAGAAGAUGUCCUAAAAUGGUCUGCCCAGGCAGCGGAAGGGAUGCAGUACCUCCAUGAAAAUGGCAUAUUCCAAGUGGACGUCGGCCUUCACAACUUGCUGGUCGACUGGGACGAUAACGUCAAAUAUUGUGAUUUCUCUGGAAGCUCGAUAGACGGAAGCAGGCCCACCGUCGUUGUUAGCCCGACAGCCCAGCAUCCCAAGGCUAUAAUAGGGUCUCCUACGACACAGACAGAACUGUUUGCCCUCGGAUCUGCCAUUUUUGAGAUUUCAACAACGUUUAAAGCAUAUGAGGGAGUGAUGGAGGACAAGCUACAGGCUCGGUAUGCGAGGAAUGAAUACCCAGAUACCAGCCAACUCCUCCUAGGGAGUGUGAUUCAGAAAUGCUGGCGUGGUAGUUACUCCAAUGCAGGCGAGGCUGCAGCAGAAAUCAGAGGCAUCCAACGAAGAGCCAAGCAUGGAAGUGACCUCAGUUUGUCCAUCAAUGGACUUAUGGAAAGAAAACGGAAGGAACACUCUCGAGUGGGCCUCGCCGCGAUACAGUUCACCUACCUAUAUGCCCAACGAAUAUCCUCUGUGGAGGUAUUAGAGGUUGAGAACCCCGGGCAUUGA